GUUCAGUUAAAACUUUUGAAAUGAAACAUAUCUGCAGAUUCAUGGAUUCUGAAUAUCUCCUGGAGUUUGGACUGAUUUUUUUUGUGGAUUUAUUCAGAUCAGAUGUUUUAUUUUAAUUGUUCUAUUUUAAUAUCAGAUGUUUCUGAAAUGGAGCCUUUCAUACAGUCAAGUCCUUCACAGGAUAUUUAUGUCAUUAUAUUUCUUUCAUUUGAGUCAGUUGGAAAUUAAAAAAAGCCAUGAUAUUGAAAACCUUAAGGCUACUAGAAGCAGAAUCGUGUCCUCAACUGCAUUAAAGCAAACAUAGCUUGCCAUAGUUCCACUGACAAUUACACUAAUGCACAAACUCUCGAAAUCACACAGAGGAAUGUGAACACUGUUUCUUAUGAUUUUUCUUCGCAGCUGAAUCAAAGAAGGAAACUACCAACACUUCUCUUUGUGUUUCUUCUCUGAACACACGUGACUGCAUCACAGACGAGAGGAGUCUCCGGGUCCGUUCGCGUGGCCCGGCGCGGUGCAGCUUUAACCGGUCCAUCAUGCCUUGCGGUGUCCCACUUCUGUUCCGACUGUGAUUUACAACACGCUCUCUGUGCCCCCCCCCCCCCCCCCCCCCAGUGACGGACGGAACACGGCGGCGGGUCAACGGACGUCGAGCGGCACCCGCGUCGGAUGUCCGACGAGUGGAUGGGGACGCGCGUUGCCACCCGCGCGCGUCAUGGAGGCGGGUGAUGUGCGCGCGCCGUUAGCGCGGAUCGCCUCGGUGUGAACCGCAGCAGCCGUCAGCGGGCCGCAGGGACAUGCAGAGGAAAGUGGCGGAUCUCCCUCCGGAUGAGAACCUGCCGAGGCUACGGAUGGACAUUAAAUCAUCGUUAGCACCCCCUUGUGGUGUGGAGGAAUGAGGGGCCUCUGAAUGAAGGCCAUGGAGCUGAAAGUGUGGGUGGACGGAGUGCAGCGCAUCGUGUGCGGGGUCACGGAGUUCACCACAUGCCAGGAAGUGGUCAUUGCUUUAGCACAAGCCAUUGGACGCACUGGCAGAUACACUUUGAUCGAAAAAUGGCGGGACACAGAACGCCACCUGGCUCCAAACGAAAACCCCGUGGUGUCGCUCAACAAGUGGGGUCAGUAUGCCAGCGAUGUGCAGCUCAUCCUCCAGCGAACCGGCCCAUCUGUUAGCGAGCGGCCCACCUCUGACGGGCCGGCUCGCAUCCCAGAGCGGGGCCUCUACAGGCAGAGCCUCCCGCCCCUGGCCAAGUUCCGCCCGUCCGGGACGGACCACUCGAUAAAGCGAAGGGAACCCAAACGCAAGUCUCUCACCUUCACUGGAGGGGCCAAGGGUCUGCGGGACAUAUUUGGGAAAAGCAGAGAUGCCGAAGCCAAACAGCCCCAGCAGCGCAAUGUGAGCCUGAACCUGAGCAGAGUUGGAGGUGGCGGGGUAGCAUCUGUGCCUGGGAGUCCGGCCAGAGAGCUGGGCCGGCUGGUGCAGCUGCAGAGAGACAAACUCCAGGCCCUGGAGAGCCGUCUGCUGGGCUGCGAGGCCGAGCUGGGAGACUGGGAGGAGGCCGCCGGCGAGGCCAACGAAGGAGAAAAUCUGGAGGAAGCGCUGCUGCUUUUAGAGCAGCAGGUGAGGAGGAACGAUGCCGAAAUGGAGGAGGAGGAAUUCUGGGAGAACGAGCUGCUGAUCGAGCAGGAGAGCGAGCGGCAGCUCCGGCAACAGCUAGCCGAACUGCAGGGCCGCGUACACGACUGCGAGGCCCAGCUCCUAGAGUACUUAACACAUAUACGGAACAUGGAAACAGGCCUGGAGCAGGAGCGGCUGCAGCAGGAGGCCGAGUUCAACCAGAGGGUCAACGAGGAGGAGGUGCAAGCCCAGCUGGAGAAGGGGAGGGCAGAGAUGGAAAUGCAGAGCCAACAAACGGCGCGGCUGGAGAGCAGCUGCAGGGCGUUGGAACGCUCACUUGGCCAGUCAGGCAAGAGAUUACAGGAAAAGGAGCUGGAGCUGGAACAGCUGACAAAAGAGCUACGACAGGUCAACCUGCAGCAGUUCAUACAACAGACCGGCACCAAGGUCACUGUGCUGCCUGCACAACCUACAGGAGAGGACAGCAAUGAAUUGGAGUGUGGUUCCCUGACAAGAUGUGGCUCCUCGCGUCUGUUACCCAGCGACCUCCGCACCCUUCAAAGCCCCAUCUCCUCCAGCCUCAACCCCGAGGGCAUCUACGUUUGACCCCAGGAGACACUUCCAGGAGGCGGUAGAGCAGCCUGAUGUUGUAGGACUGUUUUCUAUAACUGGGAGAACCAUGGCGUAGUCUGCUGAAAUGCUCCUGAGCAAGGUACUGCAAAACGAACCCAGCUUCAGGAACACCCUAAUGGAUGUUGGAAAAAAAACAUCUCCUCCUCCUCCUCCAUCUUACCAGGACUGACACUCCAACUGAUGUCAAUAUCACUUUUGCAAACAAACAUUUCAUCUAUUGCCUGUGCUCUAAUGGAUGAGUCUUAAAAAGAAAAAAAGCCAGCAGACAUAUUCUUGUCAAGUGCUGACGCCCGGGGCGAAACAGUGUGGAUCGACUUUUUUUAUGUUGUAAAUCAUGAGCUGGAAAGGAGUUUCAGGAUGUAAAGUGUGGACACAUGUAGACGUAUGCGUAGACAAAGAAUAAGUCAUGCAUGAGCAUGCACAAGCAGUGACCCCACACCUGUGCUAUAACCAUAGCCAUAUCUGAUUGCCUUACUCUGGUGUUUUACAACUAGACGUCAAUAGGUCCGAUGUUAAAAGGAAACUCAAGGUAGCUACUGAACACUAUGCGUCAUAUAAAUGUAGUAUUAGCACCACUUCAGGUGAUCCCUCGUCAUGGCGACUGAUGUCAGUAUAAUUCAACAACGGCUCAAUCCUGUUUUUUCAACAUGAAUUUGAAAUUUUGUAUUGAUAAAAAUGGAAAAUCUCCUAUAUUUUCUGCAGAAAAUCUUUACCCAGCAAUUAAAGACAGAUCAAAUUGGGCCACACAGUAAUAUCAUCAAUGAUUAGACAUUUUCUUGACCAGUUUGGCUCAUUUUGGGGUUUGCAUUGUGCGAGGGCCAAUAAUCUCCUCUUUGUUUUCCUUUCUCCAAAAAUCCCGGGAGCGAUGGCAGAGUCCUUUGAGUCUGCAGAUGAAAUCCAGCCUGAAAAAAUUGCCAACUAUGACUUAAUACUCAGUUUUACCACUGGGUGGUGGCAAAACAUAUAUAAUUUAGCCAGCUGAAAGUUAACUGUGUGAAAGUUAGCCCCGCUCUGCGUUGGCAUUUUCUGUCUUUGUUCAUUUUCAUGUUGUUUCGUAACUUAGCCUCAGCACUUUAGCUUUCGGUGUUUCACCUGAGGUGCCACUUACGGUAUUGGCCAUGUGUUUGACAUGUUUCACUGUGUUCAUUGAGCAGGGACACGCACGCACACACACACACACACACACACACACCGACUGCAUUAGUUAGUUCCAUCUGAUUUCUAAAGAUGUCUCGUAUGAACCAAAGCUUGUGUGAAAAAAAACAUUAAUAGUUAGAUGAAUGUACUUUUUGAAAUACGUAUGCAGCUUAUUCAGAUUAAGUGUACGAACUUCAAUAACUCGUGAAUAACUUUGCAAACUGUAAACAUGUACAAAAUAUAUUCAGUUGUUAAAAUAUAUCUAUAUCUCAAUAGUGACCGUGCACACAAGGGCCCAAAAUAGGGCUGAAAUUUCAUUCGUGAGCAUGUGUAUCUUCUAUCGGUACCAUACACACUGUGGGAACUCUGAGUUUCACAAACAGUUUUCUGCUUUGAUUCUGCACAGAAGCAGAUCUCUUGUCCGUCUGCCGCCUCACUGUUGAUAUAAUUUGUGCACGGGUACAAUCUUCUCUAUCCACUCACGAACUUGAAUUGAAUUUCUCAUGCAGGUUCUUUUUCUUCUUCUCCAAACUAAUGUACAACCUCAGGCUUUGAAAUUAUUUCUGAUCAUUUCACGAGUUCAGAUUCGUACUGAGUUUUAUUCAAACACGUACAAAGAAGCUCAUAUUCGCUCUGUGAAUGCAUAAUAGCAAAGUGGAUUCCUCCCUCCACUGUGAAGGAUCUUGCUCCAUUGUUUGCUCUGCAGUGCUAAGGUAACGGGAGGAAUUCAUUAUCACGUCACUCUUUUGAAAAAUGGCAUGCCUUACUGAAAGAAAAACUGUAAAUAAUGUCUAUAUAUCACGUCUGUCUGUGGACUAUUUUUUUAAAAAGAUUGAAGUCUGAAAUAUGCAGAGUGUGCGAGAGGUUAGAUUCUAAUGCUGCCAUUCAAGCUCUGUGUGUAUGCUCUGCGUGAUUGGUUUAGUUGGACUUCUAAUCAGUAGCUACCACGGAUAUAAUAAUUCAUCUGACAUUCAUGUGGUUUGUGGUUUAUUUUGUCCCUUUUUGCCUUGUUGACAUUUACACUGACGGAGAUAUUAGUUAAAGCGCAGCCAUGUAUACUGAAAAUGGCAAAGACUGCACGUUAUUUCUUUUCAUCGUUCCAUUUAAUUUAGGCCAAAAUGACAUUGAUGGAUGUAAAAGUCAUCCACAUCGCUUUGAUAUGACAAUACAUUUACCAACAUCUCCCCCCCCCCCCUCAAGCUUAGACACUUUGCCAAUAAUUGGUGGUGCUUUUGAAUAAAAGUGCAUAUACAGAUGAGACGACGGAGCCAUUAUGGAAACAGCCAUCAAGUGGUUUUGAAAGCUAUUUUAGAAACACCGCGGCUCAGGGAUAUUUCAUGACACAAGAAUUACUCCGGACAAGGAUGGGCAGAAAGUAAUUAGGGAUGAAAGCAGUUUAGGUCCUAGACGCAACACAACAAGUGUGACCGAAGUAAUGAUUUGGUACUGAAGGAGAUGUAGCUAUAUGUGUAAAGCAAAAGCGUCUCUGCCGGCUCAUGAUUAAUGUUGCAGCUAUUCCCAGUUUAUAACUGGACAAUGUAUUGACAUGAGAUAGAUGAGUGUACACAUGAGAGGCACAAACUCUUCACGGACGGUGUCAUGAACUGUGCUCAGCCAGCAUCACUAACAUGCAUUGAAAAUUCAAAAUAGUGUUAUUUUUUUUAUUACUUCCAAUAUCAGCAACCAUAUUUUUGUUUUUGUUUUCACACUUAACCAUUUUUUCUUUUGUUCAUCAUUCGGACACUAUCUAAUUCAAGAGUAAUGUAAAAUAUAGCAAAUGAAUAUAAUAUAUUCACAGAAAUUACAAAUUAAUAAAUUGCUAUACAGUGCUCCUGAAAUAAAAAGCUUGUUUUUCUUACUGAUAUUUUUCCUUUUUAAAUCAACAGUAGCUAUCUAGCUCAGUAGGCUACUGUUAGAAGUACGAGUUGGUUUAAAACACUGUUUGCUGACUUGCUGUUUAACAGUAACCUUGUUAAUGUGUCCUGUUGAUGAUCACUUGGUGACUUGAUACAUUCAAUCUGAAAGACUGAGGCUAAAGCACCCUUGCAAAAUAUCAGCCAUCCUCCUCAUCGGUGGAGGACCCAUGAUGAAAAACAUAAAAAUAAACAGCAUUGUACUUCA